AUGUAUCACGAAGUACAAAGGCAUGGAGGAACCGUUGCCUCCUUAAAUGAAUGGGCCGAGGGCAUUGAUCCGAGAACAUAUCGGAAGAUGAUACCUUGGCACCAGGAUCUCAUCAACGCAUGUGGGAGAUAUAAAACAUAUCUUGAUAUAAUAAACCCGACUCAUGAAGCCUACUUUGAGUAUGAGCGCCAGAUCGACAGAGAAAUGCUCGGUGGCACUACCGAAACUCGUAUGAGACGCCUUCAACGGCUUAUCCAAGGGUUGAUCAGGAUACUGGGCGACUCCCAUCCAAACGUCGACUCUGUCGUUUGGUCACCUCCGGUGCCGGGAUUGAAGUGUAAAGAGAGACUUAAGGCACUGGUUCGACAGGAGAAUGCAGGAAUAUCCGGGCUGCCUUGUACGUCUCACAUAUGCUCCAUCAAUGAGCUCGCAGGUGUUGCUGCUAUGCCCGAGAUAAGUGAGCACGGGAGUAACUUGAAAACAGGUAACGGAUUGUGA